ACACCGAAUUGAGGAAGAUCAACAGACGAACUGGGAACUCUCCGAUCGUGGAUUUUAAAUCUGCCUGAAGCCGAUCUGAAUUUUUGGAUAUUUUAAUACUGGAUAGAGUUUGUUCAUCGACAUUUGACAGGAUGAUGUUUACCAGCCUUAACGCCGAUUGUGACGCCUCUUCCCGGUGCAGCACUGCGUCUCCGAGCGGCGAGAGCGUCGCCUAUUACCCGCUCAGCCAGACUCCGGAGUUCACGGAUCUGUGUGUCUCAAGUGACUCUUUCGUCCCAACUGUCACAGCGGUCUCUUCAUGCCCGGACCUGCAGUGGAUGGUUCAGCCUAUGAUUUCAUCUGUGGCGUCCUCCAACGGCGGAGCUCGGACUUACACCUUGAGCCCGAGUCCUUACACCCAAAUGAGGGUCACUGGAGCAAAGUCCCCAAGUUCCAACAAGAGAGCCAGAACUGAACAGUAUUCUCCAGAGGAGGAGGAAAAGAAAAAAGUCCGCCGUGAACGCAACAAGAUGGCCGCAGCAAAAUGUCGCAACCGAAGACGAGAACUCACUGAUACCCUGCAAGCUGAAACUGACCAGCUUGAGGAUGAGAAAUCCUCCAUCCAAAAUGACAUCGCUAACCUGCUCAAAGAGAAGGAGAGGUUGGAGUUCAUCCUCGCUGCACACAAACCCAUCUGCAAGAUCCCUUCAGAGGCUGAUAUCCACUUCCCCAAGUCGUCGGCCUCUCCGGUCACCUCUGAUUCAGACCCGGAAAUCCUCAGCUUUACUACCUCCGGAGAUUCCAGACAAAAUGAAUCAAUUAUAACCUCCUCCAGCACCUCGCUGUUUUCGAGCACACCCUCCACCGAAAGCUUCAACACCACGGUGAGGAUCUCCGACCUGGAGCCCACCCUGGAAGAGUCUCUGGAGCUCUUUGCCAAAGCAGAGCUGGAGACCGCUCGCUCUGUUCCUGAUGUGGACCUGUCUAGCUCUUUGUAUGCCCACGACUGGGAGCCACUCUACACACCGGCUAAUAGCGACCAGGAGCCCCUUUGCACACCAGUCGUCAGCUGCACCCCGGCCUGCACUACAUAUACGUCUUCCUUUAUGUUCACCUAUCCAGAAAAUGACGUCUUCCCCACCCACCGACGAUUUGGCGGCAGCAACGAGCAGUCAUCUGACUCCCUGAAUUCCCCAACCAUCCUCACUCUUUAAGUCUGCCUAUAGACUCUUAAGUAUUUGAAUUCUGACACAACUUGAUUAAAAUGGCAUAGCAGGGCUAUGGAACUGACUCUUAUCAAGCAAUCAUUAUUGCUUCCUAUAUUUAUCUCUACCAUACAUGCCUGCCAAAUGUAGCAAGAUAAGCAUGGGUUAAACUACUUUUAUAUUAAUGAUCUUGUUAUUGUUGAGUUGAACUAAUAAUAUAGUUUUCAGUUGGUGCUAUAUUGAAUUGUUGUAUUAGUGCGUUCUAAGCAAUAUAGAACUAACAUGUUUUGCCUUUUUUAUGGUUUAUUUUGAAUGUGUUUGCAUUUUGUUAUUUACUCAUGUGUGCUGCCUAACCAUUGCAUUGAAUGGUCUAAUGUCCAAGUAUGAAGUUUUCUGUGAAAACAGUGUUCUUAAUUUAUGGGAUUUAUUUUUGUACUGAAAUGUGAACUUGCGACUUGUUUGCAAAACUAGAAACAAUAAAUAUUAUAUGUGCGAUA